CAAGCGAGUGAAGUCCGGUGGCUUCACUUGCGAGAGCGGCAAGCGCGAUCCAGCAAUUGUCAUUGAGAUCAGUGGUGCAAAUUAAUUAAGCCUAGAAAAAUGCAACCCAAUCGAAAGCCAUCCAUCGGUUCGCUGGGUUCGCGCGCCGUUUUUGCUCCGAGGCCACCGAGGCGGCGAGGCUAUCUCCGUACUGUUAAGUGGAGUUUUGCUAAGUACACUACACAGCAUGGAAAUGCAAGGGACAGGCUCAACCCACUCGAACAUUUCAACGACCGCGAAUUCCUGAAGCGGUACCGCUUUGGCAAGUCGACCGUGGUAAGCCUCCUCGAGUCCCUGCCGCUGGCGGCGAGCGGUCUGCCGCUCUCUCCGAUGCUGCAGCUCCUCAUUGCUCUGAGGUUUUAUGGAGCCGGAACUUUCCAACUGCGGGGGACCUUGGGAACGUCUCGCAACCGACGGUUUGCCGGGUCAUCGAGCGAGUGUCGCGGGUCCUGGCUGCAUCUCUCUUCCCCCGCCUGGUCCAAUUCCCCGAGAGCGCAGCGGACUUCGAUCAAAGGAUGCUGGAGUUUUACCAGAUCGGAAACUUCCCAGGCGUCAGUGGGUGCAUUGACUGCACCCACGUCAAAAUAAAGGGACCUGGCGGUCCCGAUGGCGAGGUCUUCAGGAACCGGAAGGGGUUCUUCUCCAUCAACGUGCAGGCGAUCACAGGACCCCAGCUGCAAUUUUUUUAUUUUGUCGCUAGCUGGCCAGGCUCCGUGCCCGACAGUCGGAUCUUCGACAACAGCCGUGCACGGGUCCUUUACGAGCACCGGCGUAUUCCUGGCCUGCUCCUCGGGGAUGCGGCCUAUGCCUGCAUGUCGUUUCUUCUGACCCCUCUCACCAGCCCAGGGGCAGCCAACAGCCCAGAGGGCAGGUACCAAGCAGCGCAUCUCAAAACAAGAAACUCGGUGGAGCGGGCAUUCGAUGCGUUCAAGAGGCGCUUUCCGUGCCUAGAUAUGAGGCUGCAGUAUAAGGGGGAAAGGUCAGCCACCGUAAUCACUGCAUGUGCUGCUCUGCAUAACCUGGCUUGCCUACGGAAAGAGCCAUGCCCACCCGCUCCACCUCCUCCACCAGUCCCUCGUCGACGCCAGAAGCCCCACAUCUUGCCUUCCCCUCCCGAGCCAGCCGACACCGUCAACGGCUCGCGGACACGCACACGCAUCAUAGCGCGGUGUUUCCAGUGAGGGCAUUUCUUUAGAAAAUGACGAUAGAUCACAAUCAUCACAUUUGCUAUUUGAUAUUCAGUGUAUUUUCUUAGUUCGAUUUCAUAUUAGUUUUACUACCUGACUCGGGCAGCAGAUGUUUACUUUUUGCGCAGGUUGUUUAUUUCGGUAAUAAAUGAAU